AUGAGAAUUGAGAACAAAAGGUAUCGACGACUAUGGACGCUGGCUGAUCGAAUGCUAACGAUGAUCAAUAGGACGGUGUUAGAAACCUGUGAGGGGAAUAGCGAGAGUAUUAAAGUGCUGGAUAUGCGUUCUCGUGGAGAUGCGUGGGAUGUUUGUCGCUCUGGGGACUUAGAACGGUUAGAAACGAUUGGUAAAGUUUUUGGGUGCCUCAAAAAUGAUUGGGAAUUGAGUGAGUUGAAGCGGACGUUGUUGCACGAAGCUUGCGAGAACCAACAGCUUCAAGUUGUGAAUUAUCUAAUAUCGACGAUGGAAAUACCAGUACUAAUGCAGGAUACUUCGGGCUGUACUGCGUUGCAUUGUGCUGCUCGUCGAGGGUUUCUCGACGUCUUUAGAUGA